AUGAAGACCUCAACCAUCUUCUCUCUACUUACCCUCACGGGUAGUAGCUUUGUAGCAGCUGUUCCUGCUGGCCAUGGUCAUGGAGGUCCCCCUCCCGCACCGAAGGCAUAUAUUCGCAACGGAACGGUACAUGGACGUCACAGUCCCGAAUGGGAUCAAGAUUUCUUCUUGGGUAUUCCAUACGCUCGACCACCUACUGGACCUCGUCGGUUCAGGCCGCCACAGCAUCAUACCCAUCCUCUUGGGGAUAUCCAAGCUCAAGAGACAGGGAACUGGUGUUGGGGGUAUAGGGGUGAUCAAUGGGAAUACCCUCAACAUGAAGACUGUCUGACGUUGAACAUCGUUCGUCCGGCGGGUAUAAAUUACAAUCAUCGUAAAUUGCCUGUUGCGAUAUUCAUCCACGGUGGUGGAUUCCUUAUCGGUUCUGCGCAUGAUCAACGUUACAAUAUGACCUUCCUUGUUGACCAGUCUGUCAAAGAAGGGACGCCAAUAAUUGGUAUUGGCAUCAAUUACCGUCUUGGAGGGUUAGGAUGGAUUGCUAGUCGUCAAGUUGCUGGUACCAAGAAUUUGAAUCUUGGAUUAAAGGACCAGAGAGUGGCGUUACAUUGGGUUCAAGAGAAUAUCAGAGCCUUUGGAGGUGAUCCUAGGAAGGUUACACUCUUCGGGGCUUCGGCUGGAGCCUUGAGUAUUGGACUUCAUCAAUUGGCUUAUAACGGUCGUGAUGAUAAAUUGUUUAGUCAGGUUAUGCUUCUAUCUGGUGCACCGACUUUCUUUGCAACACCAGGAUUCCCAGAGACUGGACAGGCGAGAUAUGAUUAUAUUCUUGCACAAACGGGGUGUACGAAUCAUGUGGAUAGUUUGGAGUGUUUGAGAGGAGUACCGAUUAGUACUCUUAAUGCUGCUAUCAAUUCGACGGGAGGGCAGUAUAUAGCUCCCACGGUUGAUGGAGAGUUUGUAAGCGGAUUGCCAAGUGAGAAUCUCAAGCACGGACGGUUUGUGAAGGUUCCUACUGUGAUGGCGGGGACUACGGACGAAGGUGCUGGAUAUGCGAGGCAAUUGGUGAAGUAUGAGACUGAAGCACAGUUGAGAGGGUGGCUUGAGGCUACUACAUUAUUCAAACCCAGUAUGCUGACUACCCUCUUAAACCACUACGACGACUCGACUUCCAUCCCCGCGGCCUCUGAUUUCAGCCCCGCACGUCCUAACGACCCAGGCUCCAUCGCCCACGGUGAUCAAUACCACCGCAUGGCCGCCAUUCUAGGCGACCUCUGGUUCAUCUCUGGUAAAAGAAACUAUGCCCAAAAACUAGCACAUUUCGGCGUCCCCGUCUGGUCCGUUCGAUCCAACGUUCUUCCAAACGGUUACGCAGCAUGGUCAGGUGCCGUACACACCACUGACGUAAACUUCAUCUUCAAUAAUCUUCAUUCCCCUGGUUAUGAUAUUGGUGGUACUGGAGUUAGAGUCGUACAAGACCCCAUGGGUGGUCCUAGAGCAACCCAGUUUAAGGAUCUUGCAGACUUCGCUAGUAGAAGUUUUGUGAGGUUCUUUGCUAGGGGGGAUCCAGCUGCUGGGAGGAAGCCGGGGGAUGUUAAUUGGAUUAAGUAUAAACAGGGAGGGCCUCUUAAGGCGAACCAGAUCGUGUGGGAUGUUGAUGAUAAUGGGAUUAAGGUGCAUAUUGAGCAGGAUACUUUCAGAGAGUCGGGGAUACAGCACAUCACCGACCAUUACUUGCAGGGCAGUUUUUAG